GCUCCACUUUUGCCCCAGCGCACUGUUCGAAGGAUCUUUCUGCAAAGGCAAUUCACCCAUUCAGGAUGCGUGCCGCUAUUCUUUUCUUUCUCUUCUCCGCUUCGGCGCCUGGUGCCUUUGCUGUUACUCCCUUCCUAAAUGAGCCUGAUACUGGAUUCAAUGAUGGAGCUGUUCCCACUGGACAGCUUCCUACCUUGAACAGUAUCAAGGCAAUUCCUGAUUUUGAGGCGGUUGCUCGUCACUUUAUGAAUGUCUCGGAUUAUGCUUACUACAGAACUGGCGCUGCUGGGGAAUUUGCGUAUCGACGCUCGCUGGAGAUCUUUAGCCAAGUCAAGCUUCGUCCCCGAACUCUUAUUGAUGUUACCAAUAUUUCGCUCAACACAACAAUUUUCGGGCACAAAUUCACUGCACCAUUCUUCAUUGCUCCCGCGGCCCGUGCAGGUCUCACCCACCCUCGGGCUGAGCUCAACCUUGCCGAAGCGGCUGGUGCGGAGAAUAUCCUCUAUGCACCCAGCUUAAGCGCUACCAAGAAAAUUGAAGAAAUCGCAGCUGUUGCAGUGCCCGGCCAAGUCAUGUUUCACCAACUUUAUGUCUCUCGCAACAAGACCAAACUCGCCAGCGAUGUCAAGCGCAUCGAAGCGGCCGGCUUCAAGGGGAUCUUUGUUACAGUGGACAACCCGGUUCACGGUGUGCGUACACGCGAAAGCCGGUACGGCUGGCCUUCGACCACUGACUCUGACCCGGAAUUCACUUGGGAGUCGUACCAGGCGUUGAGAAAUAUGACCUCAUUGCCCGUCAUCCCGAAAGGGAUCCAAUCCGUCGAGGACGCGCUUCUUGCGAUUAAGCAUGGUGCACCGGGAAUCUACCUCUCCAACCACGGUGCCCGCCAACUCGAUACUUCACAAUCCCCGCUUGAAGUAGCCAUCGAGAUUCACGAGAACGCGCCAGAGGUCUUCAGCGAGACCUUUGUGUUCGCCGACGGUGGUGUCAGAUAUGGAACUGACAUCUUGAAGCUUCUGGCUCUCGGCGUGAAGGCUGUUGGCCUCGGAAGGCCCUUUAUGUACUCCAACGUGUUUGGCAGGGAAGGUGUGCAGUACUUGAUUGAUCUCCUGAAGGAGGAGCUCACUGUCGAUGCCUCCAAUUUGGGAGUUGCCGACUUGAAGCAAUUGGAUACCAAAUGGUUGAACCUUGGCCGGCUACUCGCUUUCGUUUACAGACUAGAUACAGCAUAAUAAUAAUGGUGAUAACAAUAACAAUAAUCAUAAUCAUAAUCGCAAAUGAGGGACGCAUACAAUGCAGCAUAGAAUAGCAGAAAUACACAUGUUAGGGCCUGUUCGGCAUGUCACUUUUAUUCCAUAAAAGUGGUUUUUAUGGCAUAAAUUCCUCAAACUUCUAUAUUGAGGGGGUGCUCGACAUGGCUAAAAAAUAUGCUACAUUUUUAUUGCAUAUUUCUCAAUGACACAAGUUAGAUGUUAUUAGAUGGAUGGUGACUACCACUGUGGGUAGCACAAUGAGGGUUUCUCUAUUAAACUGGGAUAUUAUCAUAUUAAUCUCCCAUGGGGCAUCUAUUAUAUCCUGGUCAUACCGACAUUUAUGUUUUCAGAAAUAAUAUAUUAUGAUUAUGUUUUUUUUAUGAACA